AAAAGAAAAAAAAAAGGUUCCUCUCGUUUCAACAUUCUUUUGUUUCAACUUUCCAAGUAACAACAAUUAAUUAGAGCAGUGUCUUGCGUUUAAUUCAAACGCUGCUAGCCUUCAGGUUCUUUCCCAUCCAUUUUCCCGGGAAAGUUUCUGUUUGGCUGGCCACAAAACAGAAUCUCAUCUCCACACACAAACGCAAAAAAGCCGUUUCGCCCCCAAAGUGGGUCCGCAUCGGAGUCCAAACGCACUUCUGCCAAUUUACGAGCACGAGAUCCCGUAAUUCGAUACAGGAGGAGGGGUUUCGUGCAUGGAUCCUACUCUCAAGCUCUGCGCCUUCUUGCUCAUUCUCCUCGGAUUAGUGAAUGGCUCUUUUGCGGAAAGUGAUUUUGGACAAUGCCACAGCGUUGUCAGGAGUUGGGCGCGGUCUUCGCUCGAUGAAGAGAUGAGAACAGAAGAUAAGCACACGCUAAGGGAUUUGCUCUAUUUUCUGCAUGUUCCCAGGACGGGAGGGAGAACCUAUUUUCACUGUUUUUUGAAGAAGUUGUAUCCCAACAAUCUGGAAUGCCCUCGCUCUUAUGAUAAGUUGCGCUUUGAUCCAAGGAAACCAAAAUGCAGGCUGUUAGUUACACAUGAUGACUAUAGCAUGACAUCCAAACUUCCAAGAGAGAGAACUUCUGUGGUGACCAUACUUAGGAAUCCAGUUGACCGUGUCUUUAGUACUUAUGAAUUUUCAAUAGAGGUUGCAGCUAGAUUUUUGGUGCAUCCAAACUUGACAUCCGCAACAAAGAUGGCUUUACGUCUAAGCUCUAAGACUAAAGGAGUAAGCACACUGGAUAUCUGGCCAUGGAAGUACCUGGUUCCAUGGAUGAGAGAAGACCUAUUUACUAGGAGAGAUACUAGGUAUAGUAGGGGUCAGAAUAUCAUUGAGAGCAGUGAUUCUUAUGACAUGGAAGAUUUUGCAAUGCCAUUACAAGAAUACAUCAAUCAUCCUGUGGCUUUGGAUGUUGUACAUAAUGGAGCCACAUUCCAGGUUGCAGGUUUGACAAACAAUUCUUAUAUAGCAGAAGCACAUGAAGUGCGCCAUUGUAUACAGAAAUACAAGACUCUCGGUAAAUAUGUGCUAGAUGUUGCGAAGAAGAGACUGGAUGAUAUGUUAUACGUUGGUCUUACUGAGGAGCACAGAGAAUCUGCAACGAGGUUUGCAAAUGUGGUUGGUACUCAAGUGAUAUCACAGCUUAAUGCACCAAACACUAGCUUGGAAACUACUGAUAAUACAGAAAAGAGAUCAUUUUCGGAUUCUGAUCCUGAUAUCAGUCAACAUAAGAAUAGCACCUCAGACGGGGGAGUAAGUGAGGUUACUUCAAGUGAAGGUGGAGAAGCAACAGAAUCUAAUAUGACGGCUGGAGAACUAAUGGAUGCUUAUGAAGUCUGUAUUUCCAAUUUACGGAAGGCCCAGUCACGUCGACGUGUCUCUUCUUUGAAGAAGAUUUCUCCUGUGAACUUUACAAAGGAGGCACGUCUUCAGGUUCCUGAAAAGGUUCUCGAUGAGAUACGGUCUCUUAAUGACCUUGACUUACAGCUCUACGAAUAUGCAAGAACCAUUUUCUAUAAACAACAUAAAGCCUCAUUGCUGAAUGCCGAGGAGAGUUGGGACAUAUCAAGCAGUGCAUAUGGCCUCUGGAGGGUCGUUACGCUAGCAAUUACUUUUGCCUUCUUCAUUUUCUUAUACUUACUAAUUGUAAAUGUGAGAAGAAGAACGUCGAAAGUUAAGAAGUGAAAGUAAUUAAAUCAUAAUUUGUGGGAUCACAGUCUAAAAGAUUUUAGAGAAGAGAUAUUUUAGACAAAAUCUGCAUCAGCCAUGUUUUAAACGAUUGAUAUUCUCAUCCCCGGUCGUAUAGCUUAAACUGGAGUUUGUUCCAAGUUUUGUCCGUUGAUGAGAACAGAGAAGCUUAAAUUCUGUUGAGCGUUUCCUCUUUAUUUUUA